AUGGAACGCAAGCGAAAACGCCAGGCUAAUGCCGACGCUAACCCAUUUCGAAAUGGUCAUCCGGAAAUUGUCAGCCAGUCGCCGCUUGUAUCCUCACCCUCCUCAUUCGAUAUGCUUACCCCGGGCAAGGCCGGAAAUUCGCGCCAAGUGCCUGCUGCACCAGAAGGUUCUUCAAAGCGUCACCACACGCUAGACGGAGUUGUGUCGGUUACUCCAGAACGCCGCCGAUCUAAGCGGUUGACAAAGCCUGGCUAG